AUGGUCGAACGAAAAUUUCAACUCAUCGACAAAUACACCUUCAACCGCACAUAUUACGGCAUACCCCUCUCCGAACAAUGGCAAGCCUGGGAAACAGCGCACUUCUUCCGCGUGAAAUCCAUCGUCGAUCACCCCAACGUGGGCGCACGGCUUAUUUCCUACGGCUGCAACAACGGCGAUCCGAGCACCCUCAACUGCACGACUACGUGCAACAAUGCGACGCUCAUGUAUAAUUCGCCUGAGAACUUGUGGAACUGUAUGACGCUUGCUACGCUGGGCAUGUUGGUUGGACCCGGGAAUGAUACGAUCGACAAGGGGAGUGAGAUGAAGAUGGAUGAGAUAUUUCACUUUCGCACCGUGGAGAAGUUCAACAGGUUGAAUGUGUUUCGGACGGUGAGAGAUUGCGCUUGGGCGUCUUGUUCCGACUCGACGUAUGGGCAUUGUACAGGCAGUCUGCAGCGUUUCGAGUGUAACCCUGUGUCGCCGACCAAUAUCGAGAGCUUUGGAAAUGUCAUGGCGAAGCCGUAUUGUCAGGCUGCAAGCGCCGGUAUUGAUCUGGACAUUGCAGGUCAGGGUAUCGUGUCAGCAUAUAUCAUCCAACUAGUCCUCGUCCUCUUCCUCAGCAUAUGCUUCAAACUCACAGCAUCCUGGAUCCGAACAUUCGGCCGCAUAUCCAGUUCUGUCCAAAAGGGCUCUUCAUUUCGCGAGACAUGUAACCAGUGGCAGACUAGACUGAGUCAAACUCGCCUCGCAAACGCAACAUCCGCCGCGAUGCGCGACUUUCAAGAAUCUCAAGCUCUCUUCGCAGCUACCAUCUCCAUUACAGCCAUCGUUACAUUCGACGGCGGAAACAGAGCUGGUCUGGCAAACAUGCUUACCCUCUUCUCUUGGAUGUUCAAUCACCGUAUUCUGCAAGGCCUUAUCACCGCGGGUAUGUAUCCCGUUCUGAUGGCGCAGUUAGUCAUGCACCGAGCCGGACAGCGUCGCUUCUAUACGCUAUUCUUCGUGGUCCUCUCGUGGGUCCUCAUGACGAUUAUCACUGAGUUUCAAGACUUCAACGCCGCUGAGUUCGAGCAGCAUCUCAAACAAGUCUCCAAUGUGGGAGCUUGUGGAAAUAUGCCCGGACCCAUGAGUUUCUGCCAGGGUAUUAAAGAUAGAGACAACUAUGAGUUCUUUGCGCUUACUCUAGCUUCUCGCUUUGCCGUUCAUAUUAUUAUUUCCUGCCUGAUCAUCGACUGGGCCGUUCAUUUUAUGAACAAGCGGCUUUCGGGGGGCAAGAUAAAGUAUGCCCAGAUCGGCGGGGAGACGCGCUCGUUGUUUGCUUUUGCAGAGACCAGGGGCAUCAAGCUGUUCUUGGGAGUUUUCUGGGCUGCUAUAGAACUCCUCACCGUCAGCCUCAUAUUCAUCGGAUUGCGGGAGUUGGUUGAGCUUCUUGAUAUGCACCAGGCAGAUGGUGGACUGUCGACUUGGGGUUUUGGUCAGCUUGUUGCCGUGGCUAUUUGGUUCCCUAUCAUAAUCAAGUUCAUUAGUUUGAAUAUUGUUGGUCCUAAGAAGGAGGUCAAACAGCUGGAGCAGGUACAAAGGCCUCAGGCUAUGGAGUUGGACAGCUACUCCUACAACAAAGCAAACGACCCCCACGUUAGGCCUGUAAUGUAG